UUCAAAAGUCAUAAGUUUUGUCAGUGUCCCCCUCGGAUUAUGUUUCGUCGCCGUCGGAAAGAGUAGGGCGUGUUGUGUGUAUCGUUACGGGAACCGUGCACCGUAGUGUUGGGACCGACGGUAGACGUGAGUCCGGGUGUGUGUCAAAGUGGAAUUCAGACGCCCAGACACCGCAAAAUGCCCGAUCGAAUUCGGCUGAUGGUGGAAAUGCAUCGAUUUGACUGUCAUUAGGAGAGAGAGAGCGAAAAGAAACGCGAAACGUCUAGACGGGAAGAUUAGGGUGCGGGGUUCCGCCGACACCGGUUCCGGAAUUUGGCUGAGCAUUGUCGGAAUCGCUGACAGCAUCGAUUCCAUCGAAUAACGUCGAUAUUGAUAGAGGAAUUGCGACACCCCACCUCAAAGAUUUGUAACGCAACCUGCGGAAUCAAGUGAAAUCUACGACGACGACGACCAUGGGAUUCGUCAAAGAUCCGUGCGGAAUUGUUUGCGUGCUGGUGACCUACUUGGCCGUGAUUUACGCCGACUAUGUGGUGACCCGCUGGAUCAUUCUGCAGACCAUGCAAAAUAGCUUGUGGGCCCCCUUCCACGUGGUCACGUUCAACACGAUCGUGUUCCUGCUGGCGAUGGCCCACCUCAAGGCGGUCCUGCUCGACCCGGGCACCGUGCCGCUGCCCCAGACGCGCAUCGACUUUUCCGACCUGCACUCGGAGCGAAACUACAACCGCGAGCACGAGGAGUGGACGGUUUGCACGCGGUGCGAGACGUACCGGCCUCCACGGGCUCACCACUGCCGGAUCUGCAAGCGGUGCAUCCGCCGGAUGGACCACCACUGUCCGUGGAUUAACAACUGCGUGGGCGAGCGCAACCAGAAGUACUUUUUGCAGUUUCUGAUGUACGUCUGCGCGCUGGCGCUGUACUCGAUCUUCCUGAUCAUCGCGUCGUGGGUGUACCCGUGCGAGAACUGCACGACGACGGUGCCGGAAACGCAGAGCCGGAUGUUGCACAGCGUGCUGCUGCUGCUGGAGUCGGCGCUGUUUGGGCUGUUUGUGAUUGCGAUCAUGGUGGACCAGAUGCACGCGAUUCUGUACGACGAGACGGCCGUUGAGGCGGUUCAGCAGAAGGGACCGUACCGGAGUCAUCGGCCGAAGAUGGCGCUGCUGGCGGAGGUUUGCGGCCGUGGGCAUCCGGUCAUGUGGAUGUUCCCGUGUGCCAGUCUGAAUCGGAAGCUCCACGAUGUGCCGCUGCUGAGCCAUGACGUUUAAGAGGGGUCGUUUGAGGUAGGAGGUAGAACAGAGAAUUGUACUCGAUUUUGUGUUCCCGCGCGCUCCGUGUUACAAGUAUCAUGUUUCGUUGCUUUUUCGAACGCGUUUCUGGUCACGCAGCAGGAGCCAGCAAAGAAAGGAUUCGACCGUAAAUCGGUGACAACUUAAAGAGUAUAUAUAUUUAGUAUGUAUGUAUUAGUCAUUUAUGGAAACAAAAACGGGAGGGGGUGUUGGGGUAGAAAAGCUAGAUAAAUAUUUACGGCUUCCGGUGCACUGCGGAAAAGUAAAAAAAAAACUCAGAGUAAUGCCGAAGCUAAUGCGUAUCGAGGUGGGGUUGUCUUCCUUCGAGUCGUUUUUUUUUUUUUGGUUUUAACGGUAAUCGUGCCAGGUGCGCCAAGUUGUAAAAGAUUUUAUUUCGACAGCCAGCAUUAAUACUAUGAUUAGUAAGCCAAUUCGUUGCAACAAUCGAUUGAGAAAGAUAACAACAAACUUUGCAUGUUAAUGUGCUUUGAAUAUCAAAAUCGAGUUAAAAAAAUAGUUUCAGUAACUAAGAACAAUUGAACAAAUGACGUACAAAAUGUGAACCACACUGUAUUUAAAACCGUAGUCAGACCAACAAAUCAAACUACUAAAAUUAAAGAAAAUAUUUCACGCAAAAAACUCAUACAAACAAACUUUGGUUUCUUUAUCAAACAAACAAAAACUCACUAGACAUUUCUACCAUCAAUGUGACCUCAAAGAACGGAGGCCAAAACUAACGAAAACCGAUAUACUUCAACUACCUGACGGCACCCGAUUCACGGUUAUUCUCCCACUAGACACCUCCGCCGCGCACGCACGCACCGAAUUCAAUUUCCAACUCACAUUCUUUACACCCUUUUUACAAAAAACUCAAUCGGUCCGUAAAUAUUAAAGGUUGCGAAUUGUUAAUUAUUUUUAAGUGGAUUUAUUCUGUUGUAAAUAUUUUGCAUUUUUUUUUCUAUUAUUGUAAGAUUGUAUUUUCUUUAGAAUUGAGUUUUUUUUUAAAGGUGCGUUUCCCUUUUCUUUCGUUGUGCUUUCCCAUGAUACUGUUCACCGAAACUUCCUGUCAUACAAUCGAUGCGACUUUUGUAAUUCAUCAAUUAGCAACUAAGGCAACUCUUUACAUGUAUAAGCAAUUCAAGGGUGAAUGAUAUAAAUUUAAUCUAGCUUUUGUAAAUAGUUUAAGAUUGUCCGGGUGAGAUCGCAACGUUGAAACGCUAUCACGGCGCGAUUGUUGAAAAGGAAAAUACAAAAAGAAAAAUUUACAAGAUUCAUUACAGAAUUUGAAAUAUCCAAAAAAGUUUAAUGUGCGAAACAGAAAAAAAAAAUCAAACAACUGGAAUUCAUUGCAGAAGCUCUCGAACAAACAUCACACCUACAACUAAUAUAUAUAUUGCAAAAUCUAUAUAUACAAAUAAAACAUUUUAAAAUAGUAAUUCAUGUGAAAAAAGCAGCAAACUGAAUGCAAUUCGAAAUAAUUGUCGUUACAUUAUACAAACCUAAGCGAACAGAGCUUCAAAAGUCACUAGGGAUUAGAGAAGCGAACAAGUCUGAUUAAUGGGAAAGGGAAAGAGAAUACUAAGUAAGAGAAGAAAAAAAUCCUUUUGUGUGUGCUGAACAAUUACUGGAAACAGUCGGAAUACAGGCGGAAUCCCCGUUGGAUUGGAAAGGAAAGGAGGAGAGCGUGCGAACGUGCAGAAUGAAAGCAAGAAAAUACAUUUUUUAUAUUUAUAAAAAGAAAGAAGCAUAAAAAAACCCAAAAAUAAAACAAAUAAAUUGGCACACCACCAAACGUACUCACGUAAAUAGCAUCACGUGCUGCCCGCCACCUACACAGUGCACAGACACACACACGUACACAUCAACCACCGCAUACGGCAUCCACACAUAGAAGAGAAAGACAUAAAAAACUUUCCUAAUCAUUGUAGUUCCCGUUUCUUGAAACAGAGAAUACAUGUCAUGAGAGAAAUGUGCAAUA